GCCGAGAGGAGGAAAAAGCAGCUCCUGGAGGCCGAAGCUGAGGGCCGAGAGGAGGAAAAAGCAGCUCCUGGAGCCCGAAGCUGAGGGCCGAGAGGAGGGAGGGAGGGAAGGGCAGAGCAGCUCCCGGCCCUGGCUGAGGGGAGUGACCGGGCACGGAGCUGCUGGAGCGGGGCUGGGGGAGGCCACGGAGCUGCUGCGGGGCUGGAGCCCUCAGAGCCCCUUCCAGAGCCUGAAGGGGCUCCAGGAGAGCUGGAGAGGGACUGGGGACAAGGGAUGGAGGGACAGGACACAGGGAAUGGCUCCCAGUGCCAGAGGGCAGGGCUGGAUGGGAUUUUGGGCAGGAAUUGUUCCCUGGCAGGGUGGGCAGGCCCUGGCACAGGUGCCCAGAGCAGCCCCUGGAUCCCUGGAAUGUCCAAGGCCAGGUUGGAUAUUUGGGCUUGGAGCAGCCUGGAACAGUGGAAUGUUUUCCCCCACUAUCUCAUCUAACCAUACUCUCUUUCCAUUUCAACUCAUUCCCCUUUGUUCCAUCACUAUCUGCUGCUGUAAAUAGUCUUACCUCAUCCUUCCUGUAAGUUCCUUCUAGAUAAUAGAAAGGGGAAAUUUUGCAUUCAUUUAUUUCUUUAUUUUUAAUGAAGAAUUUUAUCCAAGCAUUAUUCCACUACAGGUUUGAAAGGAAUGCUGCUCAGAUUUCACAGCUAAUGUUCGAUGCUAACUGCUAUUGUACAUUUACCCUGUGGAUCUGGACGGCUGCCCCAUGGCCACUGACCCAGCAGAGAGCUCUGGGAGCCACAGGAAGAGGCUGGGGUUGAGCCAGAGUCACAGCAGCUCUGCUUUGGACUAUUCAGGAGACACCUUUGAGUCCUUCAGCGGGGAGGAGGAGAGCGAAACACCUGGAUCCAGGUGUCCCACAGAGGAUUUGGAGGGGGAAUCUGUGUCAGAGGUGUUGCAAAGCUCAUCAUCACUGGCAGGCCAAAGUCCUGCAGAGGAGGAGUCUGGAGCAGUGGAAAGAGCUGCCAUAGGAAAAUGGAUGGAUGCCAUGGGAAAGUGGAUUGAUCUGAAAAAUAAAGGCACUGGGAUUGGGCCAGAUCAGUCUGUGAGCAGAACUCCUGCUGGAGUUCCUGCAUUACCCCACGGAGAACUGGAGGCUCUCAGCUCUUUCUGCAGCAGGAGGAUCAGCAGGAUGCAGCAGGAGCAGGCAGAGAGGUGCAGGAAGCUGCAGUGGGGAGUCCCAGCCAGGCAAACUGGGACAGGAGAUUCCUGUGCUGUUCCUGCCCAGCUGAUGAACAGGAUCCUGCUGGAAAACACCAGGGAGGUUGUGAGACAGGUGACAGAAGCUGAAAUCCACGAGGUUUCAACAUGUCCUGACUGCCAGCAGAAGGAAGCAGAGCUGGCCAAGGUUGCCUUUCUCAGGCAAAAAAAGACUCUGCUGGAAGGUGCUUUACUCCAAGAGAAAUUGGAAGAACAGCUUUACUCCAGAGACAUGCUCACACUUCUAGGAGAAGUGCUCAGAAGCUUUCCCAAACCUUCAGAGGAUCCCAGGGACUUGUGGCAAAGGCUGAAGGGUCAGGAAAUGGAAAGCCUGGAUUAACCAUAACUCCAGGAGCUGAAGAGCUCGGAGAGCCUCCUGUGGGCAGUCACCUCCAGAAUUCCAAUGAUUUUGGAUCUGAGCUGCUCUGGCAGUGAUGGAUUGGGUGCUGGUUAAUAUUCCUGCAGGUGGAAGCAAAUCUGCCUGGCUGGGGUGUGAGUCAACCCUUUCUCCUUCCUCAAUGCAAAUGUUGCAAUAUAUUGUAAUCCAUCUCCAUAGGUUUCUCAAAUUCCAGAAGCCAACACUUUCCAUUAUUAAUCUGACAAGCCAGAAGUAUUGUUUUUUUUUUGUGGAAUUGCUGUGGGAUUGCAGAGCAGCUCCCAGCUGCUUCCAUCCAUAAGGAAAAUAAAUGAUUCUGUUUGCCAGGGUAGGGAGGUGUAAUUACUGCAUUUCAGCUCAGUCUUUGCCCACUGUCUCAUGGUAAAUUGAAAGUGAGAGCCCCAGGUGGAGGACAAAAAGCAAAGUUAACUAUAGAAAGCAGUAAAAUGAAAUGCAGUAUUUAUAGAAGGGAAAUAUGAGGCUCUAACAGAAAUUAAUCAGCAGGACUGGGGAUGCCAAUGGGAUGAGAAAUGAUAAUAAAUUAAUCAUGGAAUCUAUAUAGGAUAGAGAGAAAAAAACCAACAGAUUAAAAGUGGAAUAAGAAUUAUAAGGAAAUACUUUGGAAUUUAUUGUAAUUUUUCAAGAUGACAAAAUCACUGUUGUUCAGAGACUGGAUCUGGGGUUCGGUACACACCCAAAUAAAAUGGAAUUGUGCUGGGAA